AAUCAUGGUGUCAUGGAAAGGGAUUUACUUUAUACUCAUUCUGUUUUGUGGAAGCUUUUUCGGAAGCAUUUUCAUGCUGGGCCCCUUUAUACCUUUGAUGCUUGUAAGCCCAUCUUGGUAUCGUUGGAUCAACAACCGCCUUGUGGCAACCUGGCUCACGCUGCCCGUGGCAUUGUUGGAGACCGUGUUUGGUGUGAAGGUGAUUAUAACAGGUGAUGCAUUUGUUCCUGGGGAAAGAAGUGUCAUUAUCAUGAAUCAUCGAACGAGAAUGGACUGGCUAUUCCUGUGGAACUGUCUGAUGAGAUAUAGCUACCUCAGAUUGGAGAAAAUUUGCCUCAAAGCUAGUCUCAAAAGUGUUCCUGGAUUUGGUUGGGCCAUGCAGGCUGCUGCCUAUAUCUUCAUUCAUAGGAAAUGGAAGGAUGACCAGAGCCAUUUUGAAGACAUAAUUGAUUAUUUUUGUGAUAUCCGUGAACCACUGCAACUCCUCCUAUUCCCAGAAGGGACUGAUUUCACAGAAAACAGCAAGGCUCGAAGUAAUGAGUUUGCUGAAAAGAAUGGACUUCCGAAAUACGAGUACGUCUUACACCCAAGAACUACAGGCUUUACUUUUGUGGUAGAACGUCUAAGAGAAGGUAAGAACCUCGAUGCAGUCCACGACAUCACGGUGGCGUACCCUCACAACAUUCCUCAGACAGAGAAGCAUCUCGUCCUUGGGGACUUCCCCAAGGAGAUUCACUUCCAUGUGCACCGCUACCCGGUAGACGCCCUCCCCGUGUCCAGGGAGGACCUGCAGCUCUGGUGCCACCGGCGCUGGGAGGAAAAGGAAGAGAGGCUUCGUGCCUUCUAUCAAGGGCAGAAGAAUUUUCAGUUUAUGGGACAGACUGUAAUUCCACCUUGCAAGUCUGAGCUCAGGGUCCUUGUGCUCAAAUUGCUCUCCAUACUUUACUGGACCCUGUUCAGCCCUGCAAUGUGCCUCCUCAUAUAUCUGUACAGUCCUGUUCGGUGGUACUUUAUAAUCACCAUGGUUCUCUUUGUGCUGCUAGAGAGAAUAUUUGGCGGACUGGAGAUGGUUGAACUUGGAUGUUACCGGUUUUUUCACAAACAGCCACAUUUAAAUGUAAAGAAACAGGAGUGAGAUCAUAAGGUUCACAGUUUUAAUGGCCAAGGGGAUAUUUUGGAAAUGUGUCGAGCCUUUGUACACGGAGAUGCGGUUUUGCAUGACUAUGUCAAAUAUUUCUACUACCAUCCUUAUUUGUUAAAGAUACUUUGCACUCAGUUUUGUGGGAAAAUAUUGCUACACACUUUUUUUUUUUUUUUAAACUCUCUGAAUGUAAUUUCAAUACGCCUAGCAGGGAGCGAUCGCUAUAAAAUAACUCGGGCCAGAGUGUCCCUAAAGCAGCCACCAGGCUGUUAGCAGACAAGGGACACACAAAAUUUUCUUACAGGCCCAAUCCUAUUUCGUAACAAACUCCAGAGACAAGAGGCAGAUGCGGGGCUCAGAGCAAGGGCUGGCACUUGACACUGGAGGUGAGAGCCCUUCCUCUGGGUUCCCUCCCCCAGCACUGUCCCCCUGGCUCAUUUCUAUGCCAGUCAAACCAUUGCAUCCUUUCCUAAGGCCAGAAAACAGAAAUCCCACGUCCUUCAACCAACCAACCAUUUUGCUGGGAAGCCCUUCAUUAUUCAUAAAACCUUGACAUUUAGCCUCGCACUUACCUAGACAUCAGAAGACCGCCUGUGCCCUUUCUUCCUAUGGAUAGUAAGACCUGGACAUUUCUCAGGGAGCAACCACAGGCUCUCCGCUUAGAAACCUUAGUUUGGAUUUGUACAGAUAGGAACGAAGACCGUUCAGUUGUUCCCUUCUACUUACUCUUGCGUGCUCCGAGCUGGUUUCCUUGACGCUCAUCGGCAGGGGUAGCUUUUUCUGCGUGACAUCGAGUCACUUACCUUUCUAAAGGAAUGCAUGGAAGGGUCUGUCACUGCGGUCAGAAACUCUUGAAGUUGUGUCUGUUGAAAUAGUUCUUUAAACCUGCCCCAAAAAGGAAGGAUACUGUAUUUUCUGUACGUGCAUGGGUAUCUGGCAUCUGCGUUAAAGCAACAGCGUGUGCAGCCCGGGCGGUCAUGGCUCAGCCUCAGUUCCUCCCUCGCAGCCCUGACGGAUUUUUGAUAACAGGAAAAUGAACCCCUUUUUAAUGAUAAUGAGGGCUCUCGCUCUCAUUUUUUAGUCCCAGGCUGUCUGUUUGAGUACUAAAAUUUAAAUCCACUUUUGACCAGUCGUUUGCCUAAAUAUUCCUGGUGCUUGGAGUCCACGGGAAUUCCAGCAAACCAACAGCACCAGUCUCCUCCUGAGGCAGAAGGGAUGCGUGGUCCUUGUCUCCACCCUGCUGGAGCUGGCCCGACUGUUUUUGUCAUAGGAUAGGGACGCUGGUCAGAGCAGCAGAAAACGUGAGGCAGUGAGAAAUCUCGAGCUGCUCGCAGACCUGCCCGCUUUCCUCCUGCCUCCCACCGGCCUCAAACGCUACUGCUCUAUGUACCCUUUUGGCAUGAACGCCUUCUCCGUAACUACAGCCCAUUUU